AUGUUAAUAUUGAAGUUACUGACAGCAAUACUGCUCCUCACCUUUAUACAAUCAGUAGAAGAAGAGGAUAUUCGGGCAGGUUGCAGUACAGCUGUGAAUGAUCUUGUGUACAUCAUUGUUGGAUCCUAGAGUGUGGGCAAUGAGGACUUCAACAGAGCCAAAUGCUGGUUGGCCAAUGUCACCAGUGGAAUCGAUGUGAGUGCCCACUACACCCAGGUGGGAGUGGUGCAGUACAGUGACACACCUCGCCUGGAGAUCCCACUUGGCCUGCACCAGACCACACACGAGCUCAUUAGGGCCAUCCGGGGCAUCAGCUACCUAGGUGGCAACACGCAAACAGGCCGAGCCAUCAAGUUUGGUGUCGACCAUAUGUUUGCCUCUUCCCAGCGUGGUGGCUCCGUUAAGAAUCGCAUUGGAGUAGUAGUGACAGACGGAAAAUCUCAGGACGACGUGGUGGAUGUCAGUGUGGAGGCCUGAGCUCAGGGCAUCAUCACGUUCGCAGUUGGGGUGGGCUUAGAGAUCACCACCUUGGAGUUGGUAGCCAUUGCGAACAAGUCGUCCAGUGACUAUGUGCUAUAUGCGGAGGACUACACUACCAUUGAUCGCAUACGCGAAUCCAUGCAGCAGAAAUUGUGUGAGGAGUCUGUUUGUCCCACACAUAUUCCUGUAGCCUCACGGGAUGAGAAAGGCUUUGAGUUGAUCCUGGGGAUGAGGAUCCAUACAAAGGCCAAAAAGAUCCAGGGCUCCCUGAUGUCAGAGACAGCCUACCUGCUGAACAAAGGCAUAGACAUUACUGAAAAAACAAGGGAGAUCUUCCCAGAGGGCCUCCCCCUAUCCUACGCAUUUGUGGCCACACUGAGGCUGACGGGUGCUGUGAGCAAGGAGAGGGUUGACCUGUGGAGAGUGCUUUCUAAUGAUCAACAUAUUCAAGUUGCUGUGACACUACAUGGCCAGGACAGAUCUGCCACUUUCAUCACCACAAACACAGCAGAUGGAGAGCAAAGAGUCACGAUGAAAGCACAAGGCAUUCAGGUUUGACUCUUUGAUGGAACUUGGCAUCAGCUGAAACUCCUGGUUCGGCCGAGACAGGUCUCCUGCUUUGUGGAUGAUCAGAUUAUUCAGGAAAAUGAUCUGGAGCCAGUUGUUCCCAUUUACAUCAAUGGCAAGACCCAGAUCGCCAAGCGCUACAGUGCUGAGGCCACAGUUCCUAUAGAAGUCCAAAAACUGAGGCUCUAUUGCGACCCAAUGCAAAGUGAGAGGGAGACUGCAUGUGAGAUCUUGUCUGUGGAUGAUGAGAGGUGUCCCCCUCAUCGGGAGUCACCUAUGGACAUGGAGGAAGCAUGUGAUUGUGGCUGGGGUGUAAAUGGCCAGGAUGGACACCCAGACCCUGUUGGUAAGCCUGGUAUCAGAGGUGAGCAAGGAAUGCCAGGAGAUCCUGGUAAAACAGGGGAGAAUGGUAAACCUGGUUUACCUGGGCUUAAAGGUGAUCCAGGAAUAAAAGGCAGCAAAGGGGACAGAGGACAACAAGGGUUGCCAGGGAAACCAGGCUUACCAGAACCCAAGUCCUGGAUUUCUUAUCCACAAGGGGAUCCAGGGAUACCUGGUAUUAUGGGAAGAGUUGGCCCAGUCGGACCAAAGGGUGAUAAAGGAGACACUGGGUUGCCAGGCACAGAUGGACCACAAGGAGUGCCAGGUAUUUAUGGACUUCCUGGUGAAGUGGGGCCAGAAGGACCUCAGGGGGCCAAGGGACCACCUGGACAGAAAGGAACUCCUGAACCUAGAGGACCUCCAGUAAUGUCUGUUUUAAUCCUUUGGGGCAUUCAGGGACCCCCAGGUCACACUGGAGCAGAUGGACAAAUUGGCCCCAAGGGUAGUCCAGGAGAAACUGGGGAGGCUGGUCUUCCAGGUGCACCAGAGCAAAAUGGCCCACAGGGUGAACCAGGCUUUCCUGGAUUACAAGGUGCACUGGGUUUUCCUGGAUUUAAAGGACAUAAAGGGGCAAUAGGAGAACCUGGUCCAAAAGGCACUCAGGGUGAAAGAGGCAGUGAGGGAGCACCUGGGGUGCCUGGCCUAUCAGGUGAAGCUGGACCCAGGGGAUGCAAAGGAGAGAAAGGUAUUUUGGGAGAACCAGGGGCUAGAGGUCCUCAAGGGAACAAAGGUGAUACAGAACCAACAGGAUCAGCUGGGUCUCGCGGCUCUCCUGGGCAAGAUGGCUUACAAGGACAACCUGGUGUUCCAGGCUAUCCUGGGAAACCUGGGAAGUCUCCUUCUGAUGAAUACCUGAAAAACUGUUUAGACAUACUGAGAUAUCAGCUACCCCAGCUUCUGCAAACAAUGACUCCUCAAAGCUGUGAGCCUUGUGAGACAGUAAAAGGGCCCCCAGGACAACCUGGAGCCCCAGGGCCAAAAGGCUCCACAGGUUCCCUAGGAUACCCAGGCAGACCAGGCUCUCAGGGUUACCCAGGGUCAAUGGGCUUGCGGGGGCCUUCAGGGGUCAAAGGGGACAUGGGUCCAAGAGGGUUCAAAGGUCACAAAGGGGAAGGCAGGCUAGGGCAGCCUGGGCCCACUGGACAACCAGGCAUCCAAGGCCCACACGGGAUUGAUGGAAUUGGCCUGCAGGGUCCUCCUGGAAUGCCGGGGAAAUCUGGCUCUCCAGGCACUCCAGGCAAACGAGGUGACCCAGGGCCAGCUGGAGUAUGUGACAUAUCCAUUUGCUACCAGGUCUACAAUCUCAGGAAUGAGCACUAGAGCAAAGGGCCAAACAUCUGA